AUGAACUUAAAAAUCAAAAACCUCCUGUUACCAUCUAAAGGUGAGCAGAAUAUUUUAAAAAUUUUACUUUUGAAAAAUCCCUUUAAAAGACAACCACCAGAAAAGUUUGCAUUUGAAGGCCAACAACAGAUUGUUUUAAAUGAAACACAUCUGAAAGACCCUUAUAAAGGACAAACUCCUGAAUGGUUAGCAUCUCAAGGGGAGCAGACUUUGGUAAUGGCCCUCAGAAUAGUAUUUGAAAAUAAAUCUAAAACUAUUUUUCAAAAUACUAGAAGGGCUAUUACCGUGGUAUAUGAUCAUUUUUUAUAUUUCGUAUUUGAUAAAUGUGGGAAAUUAAAAAAUUAA